UUUAUUUUGUUUAUUUAUCUUUUAUUUGGUGUUGAGGAUCGAACCCAGUGCCUCAUAUGUGCAAGGCAAGCGCUUUGCCAACUGAGCCACAACCUCAGCCCACCUCCAAGAUUCUUUUUAAAAGACUUUUUUAGUGCACUAUAGUUAUACAUUGUGGUUCAUUUUGACAUGAAAUGUUAUUAAAAGACUUCUUGUUAUGUUGAUGUUGGGGGAAUGUGUGUAAUGCACUUCAAAUAUUGCCUGUUGCUGUAAUACUGACUGCCAUGCAAAGGAAAAGAGAAGUGUUGAAUUGUGAAUUCCUGUUUCUAUUUUAUUUACUGAUUGCAAGUAUUUUUAAGUUAUGUUUUAUCAUAGUCAAUAGAAAUUUCCAUGUUCAUGGUGUAAAUGAUAAUCUGAGUAGGUGAAGCAGAGUGUUUGUAUUGGCAUUAAUUCUUUGAGUUGUAGCUGGCAAAACUUUUGUUAGUUUGAUUUAGACAGUUACUUUGUCUUUUAUGCUGCAGACCUAAAAGUGUGUCUGAACACUAAAUAUCUUACAAUAAGGCAAUUUAGAUUUGUUUUGGGGGAUGCAUAAUAAACAUUUGGUACUUUGUAACUUUUAACAUCUGCUUUUAAUAGAAUACAUUCCAAUUGCAAUUCUUAAAAAUCUAUUUACAUAGAAAACCACAUCAAAAUACAAAGCUAUAAUUAGACAAACAUAGGUUUUGUGGAAUCUGGAUUUGUUUUAGAUGUUGAAAGAUUUAUUAUUUUUUGAAGAUGCUAUUCCUAUAACUAUUUGUAGAGCAUACCCAAUCAAUUCAAAGAAUGCAACAAUAACAACUUAUAUUUUUUAUUUUAUUUCAACCCAAAUUGCUUUUAUACUUCUUAGUAAAUAGCUAAAAAAAUGUUUUUUCCAACAACAUAAUAAAAAUGAAAUGUAAUUAAGCUAAUGGUCCUUGACCCUGUGAGAUUUUGUAUUAGGGAAAUUAUAUUUGGUUAAUUGAGCCUUAGAAUUGUAUACAAUUUAAUCAUAAUGCUGAAGGUAAUUCUUUUGGACUUUAUAUAUAUAUAGUGGUAUUAAGAUUCUGUUAGACUAGAUAUGUAAGAAUGGGGUAUUGAAUUUUCAUGGCUGGGAUAUACUAUUUAUCCAGGUCCACAGCUACUGAAGAAAGAGUGUAGAGCAAGGUAUAAUGGUAUGAUCUGGGAGCAGAUGAUGGGAGAUUGUUUUCUGAAUACCACCAAUGUAGAGUGGAAGGACUAUUGCAGAGAGCCCAAGCAGCAAAGUAAAGACAGGGAGCUCUCUUUUGUUUCAUUGGUGAAGCCAAAGGAUGAAAGCACAACUUUUACUGUUGCAUCUUUUUUUUUGAUCUGAGGCAGCAGGGUUUAUCCAUUUCAGCAGCGAGUAUAGCAGAGAAAAUAAGCUAAAUAUAGCAGAGAGGGCACAGAGGUUCUCUGGAGGACUAACUUACUAGAACCAAAAAAUGACAAUUCAACUCAAGUGCCUAUCAUUGAAUUAAUCUUUAGUUCUAUAUUAUAUACAUAAGAUGGUAAGUACUGUGGGUGGUUAGAAGUUGGAGAGAGUGUGUAGGCUGACUUGAGAUAAAGGCUGUGUGGAAGGGAUGUAAGUUGAAGUGAGCCUUCAAGAAUGUAUUUGGGUUAGAUGUGGAGAGAGGAUUAAGGGGUGAUUUUCAAGAAUAAAGUAGUGAGUAAAGAUUUCCUUAAGGCUUGUCUUAAACCUCAGUAAAUCAGUCAACGUUGCAGCAGGCUCCUGUGUAUCUCAAUCUCCUGUUUGAGAUUGUCAGGAAUGCGAACAUGGACCGUUCAUAUUCCUUUCCCUUCCCUGAACUUGCUUCCUUCUCUUUCUCCUACUGUGUCUUCAGGGUUGUCAUUUUUUUGGAAUAAAUGUAAGAAUCAAAUCUAGAUAAAGUAGACCUGAAGUUUAUUUUAGUGCCAUGUUACUAAUAACAAUAUAUGUUUCUUUACCAUGGACAGCAACAGGAUUUUGGAUAAUCCCAGAAAGAGGAGGAUUUUAUUUCUUGUUUGACUCACAUAGUUACAAUAAUGAUAGUUCCUACCUUUUUUUUGGUGGAGGGAAGGUCAGUGACAUUGAUCUGAUUAUGUACACCAUAACUCAGGGUGACCUAAACUGAAAAUGUUUCUGAUCAUUUGAAGAUACAUGUUUAAGACUUAGAAGAAAAAUUGAUGUUCUUAUUUAUGUCCUUAAUUUUUUUGAAAUUUAAGCCUCUACUUAGUUGAAACAUAUUUGUUUCUUUUUCAAAAUCAUGUUUGCAAUGGAUGAUUUCUAAUGUUUCUGCUUAAUUUUGUCAAAUGCUAACAUAAGAAUUGUCAAAAUUACUUAAUUUGUAACUUGAAACUAUCUGAAAUCUUACUUUAAUGAGCCAUUUAGAGGUAUUUUAUAAAUAGAAUGAUAAACUUAUUGACCCCUCUCAUCUGCAAAACAAUAGUUUAACUGGUGAAAAUUAUAUAAAAAUUUUAUUGAAAGUCUUUGGAAAUUGUCCUAAAGUUGUAUAGGAAAUGGAGAAACAAUGUCAAGAAAAUCUACUAAAAUGUAGAAGGGUGAGAGUCUGUGACAUUUCGGUGACCCAGUCCAUUACCAGCCACCUCCAGAUCUGCUCUAUUUCAGGCAUGUGCAGCCAAGAAGACAGCAGCUCCCUCUCCUCCAACUUUGUCUGUGACCUUGCCAUGCUGGCAUUUUAGCUUCCUCAGUCCCCUGUUGCAGAAGCCCUCCUGUAGGCAAGUAUGGAGAACCAGGGAAAAAGAAAGCCAAGAAGGGUCUUCCAGGGGUCACAGUCACCUCUGGGAGUCAGGAAGCCUGUGCUCUGUGUUGGGCUGUACUCACUCAAGCACGAAUCAGAAUGAGACUUGGUACACACAUGAAAGCAUUCUCUAUCUUCAAACAGACUCAUCGAAACCAAGUGAAAGCUUCAUUUGGCACAAGUCUUGAACAUAACCUCUGUCCAAACACUGACUGAAGAAUAUACUACUUAGAUUCAGGAGCAGCUGUUAGGAAGCCAGGCUUAAAAUAAUGUCACCGACAUCCGUGGUAGUGGAAACUGUGCAGGAAAGGCUGACUACACACUGUGGUAGAAAUGGAGUUCAGUGAAGCAGUCUGGAUUAAACAAAUUAGCAUACUACAACAAAAAAAGCUGUAGGGUAGAGAAGAGGACAUGAGCAUUUGGGAUUGCUAUACUAUGUAUCUGAAAUAUAUAGUUUUUACCAUCAACAAAUAUGAGACAUGCACACACACACACACACAUAAAAAAAACAAAUAAUUUCAGAUUUAUGUUGAACAUAAUUUUAUCUAUAUAAAAUACAUAGUUAAAAAUUUUUUUUUUACUCUUGGCUUAUUUUAAAAACUCUAUAAAGCAAUGUAUUGUUGCGCCUGUCACAUACAGGAGUUUCAUAUGUUUGAGAAUAACAAUAUAAAAGCAAAGUGUAGAAACAGCACUGUAUUGGAAUUAGAAAAUGACACCAGAUGGUAACUCAAAUAUGUAGGAAGGAAUGAAGAGAACAAUAAAAGUAAGUAAGGAAAGGUAAAUUUAUUCUACAAAUGGUAUUGGGACAACUGGAUAUCCACAUUCAAAAGGAUGAAAUUGAACCUCCAGCUUAUACCAUUAACAAAGCUCAUUCAAAAAGACACACAUCCUUAAGUGUAAGAGUUAAAACUGUAGAACUCAGAAGAAAACUUAAGAUUAAAUUUUACAUUGGGUUAGGUAAUGGUGUCUUAGAUGUGACUUCAAUUUUACAUAUAUGACAAAAGAAAAAAUAAAUUGGACUGCAUAAAAAUUAAGGAUUUUGGGCGGGGCCGCCCAGCUGGAGACACUGCCCGCGCCGCGGCUCUGGGCAGCACUGUUAGGACUCAUCUCCGCUGGAGAGUAAUUUUUAAGGACUCAAGAUGGGUGCGGUCGCGGAACGUAGAGAUAUCCCACCAUGGGUGAAAGUUCCCGAAGACCUGAAAGACCCAGAGGUGUUCCAGGUCCCGACGCGACUGCUGGAAGCCCUGUUGGGCCCGAGCGGAUGUCGGAUCCCUUACAUCGAGCAGGUGAGCAAGGCCAUGCUCGAGCUGAAGACUCUGGAAUCUUCAGAAUUCACCGAGAUCGUGGUUUAUGGCUCCUACUUGUCAAAGCUCCGGACCAGAUGGAUGCUUCAGUCCUUGGCUGAGUGGCACCGCCAGCGACAGGAGCGAGGAAUGCUCAAACUCGAGGAAGCAAUGAAUGCUCUGGAACUAAGCCCUUGGAUGAAGUGAAGCCAGUUUCCAGCCCAUGUGAUGGGGUCCAGGAUGUAGAGAUGAGGCUGUGGCCAGAGUUAGAGUGGGUCUGGCUUGGUUUAAAUUCUGCUAUGACUUCUAUAGCCAAAUAUUUGGGGGUAUUUGCCUUGCUCUGAGUUCUGAUGUGAAUUUCUCUUUCCAAGGUUGCUAAUGAAGGAAUAAAGGGUUUUUUUUAAAGUAAAAAAAAAAAAAAAAUUAACGAUUUUGUGCUACAAAUAAUCUGAAAAGAUAACCAACUUAUAAAAUGGAAGAAAAUAUCUGCAAAUCACAAAUCUGAUUAGUAGUUAAUAUUCUGACUAUAUAAUGAACUCCCUAUACCCUGACAUCCACUACCACCAAAACAGAGCAACAUGUUUAAAAUAAAAGCAAAGGAUUCGAAUUAACAUUUUUCCAAAGAAGAUGUAUCACUGACCAAUAGAGCACACCAAAGAAUACUAAGCAUUAUUAGCCCUGGGAUAAAGAAAAUCAAAACUAAUAGUGUAGCACCACUUAAUAUGUACUAGAACAGCUACAACCAAAAAGACAGUAACUAAUGUGCUUAAGGAUGUGGGAAAUUAGAACCCACUGCUGGUAGGAAUGUAAAAAUGUGCAGCCAUUUGGAUUUCAACAAAAAAUUACAAGUCUUAUCCUACUUAUGCAUGUAUUUGCCAGUAAACUUCUAUUUUUCAUAAGAGAAAGUUAAUAUUUUCCUGGUAGCUCUAGUUACCCAUAGAAUAACCGUGAUAUCAGAUGUUAAUUUCUGGGUAAGUAAU